ACUGAUGUAGAGAUCUGUUUGAUUGAUGGCAGUUGCAAAAGUCCCAUUGAAAGAUUUUGUAAUGGAAACAAUAUGAUCUAUAUUCUGCAGAAAGCAAGGCGCAAUGAAGAAGGUGACCCAAUGGAAGACUCACACCCAGAUGAUGCUGUUUAUGCCUCUGAGCUUUUACCAAGGGAGAGUACUGGACCAGUGGCUCUUUCUGUCAGAAGAGCAAAACAGUUGAUUUCCUUAUAUGCAAUGGUACAAAAUCCAAACAUGACCCACUUGGAGAAAAGUGAACUGGUUGUGCUUCCUCCUCUCUGGAUAAGGUGUGACGGUUCUGAUCCUGAACAUACGUGUUGGCUUGGAGCCGAGCCUCUCAAAGCUGGAAACAAAAUCACAGGGAUCACUUUUUAUAUGGUUACAUGCGAUGGCCCUACAGCCGAUAAAACCUGUUUUGCAAAGCUUGAAGAGCUCAAAAAGGAACAUAAAAUGAAACAUCAUUCAUCUGUGGUGACAACAAAAGGAUUUGCUCAGUAUGAGCUUAUUAGAGCUGCUGCAAUAGAGGACACAAUUGUAGAAUCUGAAAGCAAUGUAUAUCUUGAUAUCACAUGGAAUACUGUAGAUAAGGUUCUGGAGAUACCCCCACUGAUUUCAGCUGCCACUCUGAAUAUUGCAUUGGAGUCUGGGGACCCCAGAAGCCCUGUAUAUCAGCUGUACAGAGAACUGCAGUUUCUUCUCGCUUUGGCCGAAGGUUUGAAGACAGGGGUGACUGAGUGGCCUGAGCCAUUAGAGUCUGAAUCAGCUGUUGAUCUGGUCCGGGAAUUUCUGACUGAUUUAAAGAAGAGGCUGGAUGGGUAUUGUGUAUCAGGAAACAAUAAUGAAGCAGAGAAGAUCAAAUGUGACACAGCUGCUGUGGACAGGUCAAUAAAAUCAAUCUUCAGUGAGCGAGGAGACCUGGAUUUUGCUGAACAAUUAUGGUGCAAGAUGAGAAGUGUCAGUUCCUAUCAGGAGUUGGUAGAGUGUUUCACACUGAUCUUAAAAUCCUUGGAAAAUGGUGAGAUACAGCCAUGGAUUCAUCAAGGGAGUAGCAGUUUGCUAAGUAAAUUGAUUCAACAGUCAUAUCAUGGAAAGAUAGAGGUCGUUUCCCUCAGUGGCAUCACUCCAAUUCAAAUGCUCUUGGAGAUUGGUUUGGAUAAGAUGAAGAAGGAUUAUGUCAGUUUUUUCAUAGGCCAGGAGCUUGCAACAUUAACCUACCUGGAUUACUUCAUUUCCACAUCAGUAGAUCUACAAGAACAAGUUCAUCGUGUUCAAAAGCUUCACCACAUGCUGGAAAUAAUGGUCAACUGUACAGUCUUACUUCAGUUUAAACAUGAGAACCUCUUACCUUUGACACAAAUUUGCAUGAAGUAUUACAAGGAAAACGCUCUAAAUGAGAAGCAUGUGUUUCAACUGCCGAUCAGACUAGCUCUUGUCAAGAAGUUCUAUCAAAAUGAUCACCCAGAAAUAUGGAAGGUGGACGUAAGUAGUGGGCAUGGACCGAAGGAGGUUAAAACAACAUGGCAAGUUAGUACUAAUCCUCCAGUUGAACAUAUGACAGCAAACAAUACAGGCCUGUUUUCCGAUUCCACAGUUAAUGGAAGCAGUGAAGAAAGAAUGUAUUUUAUUACAGUGACUAAGUGCAGUCAGGUGCAUUUCACAUAAAUGCAUGUUACUCUACAGGCAGGCACUUGAAAGGUACAGUAAAGGGGAAAGUUCAGUGUUACCCAUGUCCCAACAGUAUGUCUAGAAACACAGAACAGAGCAUCUUACUGAGUUAUUUGCUUUGGUAUGCUUAAAGCGUGACAUAUGCAGCCAUGAUCCAUCUGUACCCAUCUAGUUUGUUUAUAAAUGUGCAAUUCUAAAUGUACAGUAGAAUUAUUUUGAAAAUAUAGUAGAUUUUUUUUCAUAUAUUUACAAACAUUCAAUAAAGUUCAGCACUUUGGGG